AUGAGCAGCGUAAGUAUUGAUACUUUGGAACGCAUUAAGUAACAGCUGAAGUAAGCUCGUGAUAAUGGAAGCACCAUCAAGCAAGACUUGUAUACUCACUUGACUGAGGUAUUCAACAGAAUAAUGCUUAGUCACCCAUAUGAUGCUUAUGAUAAAUUUGAGGAGAUCUCACUCCUAGUCAAGCAAACCAAUUUGAAAAUAAAGAAUCCAAAGCAGGACUUUGAAGUUAAUUAAAUCUAGCAUUAAGUAACCAAUAUCACAAAAACUGAAUGGAUCAACAAGUGCAAAUCUUUAUUGAGAGAGGCACUUGAUUUGCUACCAAGAGAUGAGAGAGAACAUAUUUCAAAAGACAAUAAUCAAUUUGUUAUUCCAGAUGUCAUCGAAGAAGCUAGACUUUUUGAAUGGGCUGGAAUAUCAUUCGGUGAAGAUGAAACCUAUAGACUUUAAAAAUCACUGAGAAGAUUGGCUCUUCUUUCUGGAGCAAGCAGAUUGAGAUUCUGGGGUAAAAUCUUUGGAAGUCAAAAAGAUUAUCUCAUUGUUGAAGGAAUACUUGAUAUAGCCGAGGAAGAAAAGAAAAAUUAUUCUUAAGAAAAGAGAGGUGAAGGAGUGAAUAAGAUAGUAUUUUGGGUUACUGACAACCUUCUUGAAGAUUGGAUUUAAUUACCAGAUGCAAUGCCAGAGCAUAUAUAAGUUGCAAAAAUGAUAAAAUACAUUUUCACUGGUCAUCUGAAUGCUAGUGUGAAUUCUAACCCACCAUUCCCAGGCAAGGAAAGACAUUUAUUGAGAGCUUAACUAACCAGAAUAACUCAUGCUACUUCGAUCAUUCCUAAGGGUCUAUUAGAAAUCGAUGAAGAGUCGUAAAAAGAAAAGUAUGCAGAAGAAUUCAAUUUCCCUGAUGAUAUUAAGAGUUUGGAAAGUUGGUCGCAUCAGCAUGCCAACAUUCUACAUGCUGGUAGAGUUUCUCAUCUCCCACCUUAAAAUAUUUCUGAAGAAGAAAAAGAUGAGUAUUUGGGAAAGCUGGCAGAAAGUGAUCCAGUACUAGAGAGAUUUAAAACUUUGAAUGAAGAUGGCCCAAUGCCUGGACUUGAAACCGCUUGGCUAUCAAAAGUAGUUGGAGAUAUAUAGCCUUACAAUUAACUUCCCCCAAAAGAAGGAUAGGUUUCAUACUCAGUGAAUGUUCUUAGAUCCUUAAGGUGGCCAGGAGCAAUUACUGUUGCACAAAACGGUAAAUUUGCAAACAUCUAUGUCGGCCACGGGCUUAAGAGAGGAGAUGUCAGUUUCAACCCAACUGAGCCUCCUGAUGUUCAAAAAGACCCAGUAGAUCAACUUGAGCAACCAGAGCCUACUCCACUUAUUGCUCCAGAAUUAGAACCAGAGCCAGAUACAGAUAAAGCUAAAAAGGAAGAAGGAGGAGAGGAAGAAGAUGCAUGA